AUGUCGACCUUCGCUAUAAAUUAUCGGAGACGACAGGAACGAGAUGGCGUCGUUUCAGCAAAUGGGCAUAUUCGCAAGGCGAGUGAGAUGUCGCAAGCCCAGCCGGACAAGCACAGCCGGACCGCCCGUGGACAUCAUGUUUGCAACCCGCAAAGGCAUCGACUUUCGCAGGAUGACUUCAUCCUAUCGGACUCGGGGAAUUGA